ACGCACGUUGACCACAGUCGCUUAAACAUUGUCAAGGUUGAUAUUGUUGCGACAAAAAAUAUUUUGAUAUUGUUGCGACAAAAAAACUUUUUGAAACACAUAGAGACUUAUUUAAAGACUUUUUAAUUAUUUCGCUCAGUGUUUUGUGCCAGUUUAAGAGUAUUCGAUUAUUUACAAUUCAAGAUGAUUUUAUCCCUGUGCUGCAUUGCUUUUACCCUUUGGGUAAUCGCGUUCCGUUAUAGAAGGCGGCAGGUUUACAAAUUGGCUUCAAAGAUACCACCACCGACAAAAGAGAUGCCCAUUAUUGGAAUUGCUCAUACGCUAAUAGGAGAUGCCGAAGAUAUAAUGAACAAGCUUAAGGAUUUUAGUUAUGCAGCGAUGGAAUGUCAGGGCAUUGUCAGAGGAUGGCUUAAUCACAUAUUAUAUUUCUUGAUCAUAGACCCAGUUGAUAUUGAAAUGGCGUUGAAAACAUGUAUGGAGAAAGAUGAUAUGCACAGAUUCGUGAAAGAUAUCUUUGGCAACGGUGGUAUCUUCGCUCCAGUAAGCAUUUGGAGGAGACGUAGGAAAAUAUUGGUACCAGCCUUCAGUCCGAAAAUUGUUGAGAGCUUCGUAGAUAUAUUCGCAGAGCAGACAGAGAUGAUGACAAACAAACUCAACGUGCAAACUAAAAAGGGCAAUUUCAGCGCUUGGCCAUUUAUUAGCACUUAUACACUGGAUGCAGUUUCACAAACGGCAUUGGGAGUAAAGGUAGACGCACAAAGUAACCCUCAAAACUCGUUCUUAUUAUCAAUGACUCGGGCACUACAUUUGUCAUGUCGAAGAAUAUUCCAUCUAUGGCUUCAACCCGAUUGGAUUUACAAGUUCUUCCCACAAUAUACAGAGCACCAAGCUUGUUUGAAGCAAAUGCACGACUUCACUGAUGAGGUCAUUAGAAAAAAACGCGAUGAAUUAAGGAUUGAAUCACAAAACAAAAGUGAAGUAGACGUUGCUUACGAUCUGGACGAUUACAAGAAAAAAUCUUUUCUCGAUCACCUUAUUAAUCUUUCAAGUAAAUCAGACAAAGGUUAUACGGAUACGGAAUUGAGAGACGAAGUGACAACCCUUAUCAUAGCUGGAACGGACACGUCUGCUGUUGCUAUAGGUUACACCUUGAAGAUGCUGGCCAAAUAUCCAGACGUACAACAGAGAGUUUAUGAAGAAAUCUACGACAUUUUCGGGACCUCAGACCGUAAAUUGGUAAAGGAAGAUCUGCUGCAAAUGAAAUUUCUCGAAAGGGUAGUAAAGGAGACGCUGAGGCUCUUCCCUCCUGUACCUUUCAUCAUAAGGAAAAUUGAAGAAAAUGUUACACUGCCGUCUGGUAAAGUGUUGCCAGCGGGUUCUGGCCUGAUAAUCUCUAUAUGGGGCAUUCAUCGGGAUCCAAAUUACUGGGGACCGGAUGCCGAGAACUUCGACCCCGACCGAUUCUCGCCGGAGAGACUCAACCUGAAACAUGUGUGCAGUUACAUGCCGUUCAGUCAAGGACCUAGAAACUGUCUCGGUUACCAAUACGCUUUGAUGUCUAUCAAGACCGCUCUAUCAUCGAUCCUAAGAAAAUUCGUAGUAGUUCCUGACCCAGAGAAUAGUGAUGUGCCCAAAAUUAGAGUUAAAUUAGAUGUUAUGAUGAAAGACGUUGACGGCUACCAGAUAGCUUUAGAAAGGAGGAUACCACCGUCUACCACCACCGUAAUAACAAAUUAAAAUUACCAACACAUUUAAUAGGUGCAUAAUGUAUUUUUUAUAUAAAUUCCUACUAAAUUAGUUUUUAGGUAUUAGUGCAUUAAAUUAUAAAUUAAGAGAUUAUUAAUUUAUACCUUAACUUUGUAGUUGUUGUUUUAUAAAUCUAUUGUAGGGUCGAUGUGACCAAAAAAUGGUGUUUCAGUUUCGAUUAAUUGUCGUAGUCAAUAAUACUUGUAAUGUUAUUUUUGUGAUAGUUUCGCGAAGAAAGUGAUAUAUAAAAUACAUAUUAUAUACUAACUCAACAUUUUACUGCAAUAAAGAGGUAAUUGGCUUGGCAAUAGUUACAACAUGCGACGCUAAAUAACAAGUUCUCUUCAAGUAAUAAGGCUAAAUACAGUUCCCGCAAAGCGUUUACUUGUUAGAAAAGCGACAGAAAAGCUUUUGAUUUUUUUUCACAUACCAGUGAUUGCAGUUGGUAAUAUUCCUCAAAAAUUGAACAAUUACGUAGUUAUGGGCGAAACCUUCUCGUUACCAGAAGAGACUAAAUAGGUGUUUUAAGCUCAGCUUGCUAGAUAGAUCAUUAUGUUGACAAGACUGUUCUUUCCAACAAAUGUUGUACUGAAUGAAAAAAGUCAAAUAUGAUUGAUUACUCAAGGUUACUGAAGACUAAGAAAAGCAUAGUUACAAUCAAUUACAAAUUUGAGAUUCAUUACAAUUCCCUUAUAAAUUAAUGGAAAACUACUACUCGUUACAAUUUCAUAAGAAUUUCCUUACGACUUACGGUUAACAUGAUGAUUGAAAUUUUUGUUCCUAUUCUGCUCAGUGAAAAAUAACCUUAAUAUUUUAAAGUAACGAAUUAAGACUGUAUUAGAACAGGUAACAUGUUGAGAUAAUUUUUAAUGUAUUUAUUACUAGCUGACCCGACAGACUUCGUCCUGUCAAAAAGAUUUGUAAUGUGGCAGUUUUUUGCCUACGUAUUUAAAAAAAUUCUCCUGAACAGAACCGUCACCCUGGUGAUAGGGCGUUGUGAAUAAAAAAUAAUUAAAUAAAACAUAUAUAAGGAUUUAAAAGUAAGUAAUCGCUUUAUUGUUAAUCAUGUGAAUCAUAAUUAUUAUUGCAAUGUAUUAAUAGUAAUAGUAUUAAAUAUAGAAAAAAGAGAUUUUUAUGAUCAUAAAAACACAUUACACACAACAGCAUUAUAAAAGUAAACUAUUCAAAUUAAAAAAAUAUAUAAACAUUCUCAAGGAAAAAUGCUGGAAGAAUCCAUCUACCUGUACCCCGGAAUGGGACUCGAACCCAUUCGCGAUCCAGGGACUGCUCUAACCAAUGAGCUAUCUAGGACCCAACAGCUUUGCUACUACAGAGCGUAUUUUCAUCAAUGUUCCGGCAAUACAUGUAAUGACGUGGAAACUGAUGCAUUUUAUCUCGCGUGCCGAAACUAAUACAAAAGAAACGCGAGUUUCGGAACGCGACAUUAAACUCCUCCAACUAUGUAUUCUGUGCUCCAACGCACACACGCACAUUGUUUUGAUAGAUAUGAUCUUUGACGUUAGGAACACACCUACAUUGCUUAGACAACAGUGAGUGCUUGUAAUUUAAUAUGAACUUUAUACCAUAGCAAUAAAGCUCAAAUUGACUACGUUUUAGUUACAAAUCAUUUGUAUGGGAAAAAGAAAAGGGCUAUUUUUAGGGUUUUUCCAGCAAUAAUUCUAAUUUUUCUCGCCGUAAAAACCAUCCUUGAACUUCAACGAACAUUUUAAAAAAAGAUUUGGCCAAAUUGGUCGAGGCGUUGUUGAGUUAUGCGCUUACCAACACAUUUUGCGAUUCAUUUUUAUAUAUAUAGAUUAUUUAUUUGUAACAAUUGGUGCCAAUUUAAUGUAAUACUUUGGGAUUGGUUUGGUUG